GUUACGAUAGAUGUCAUAGCCUCACUAUUAUUCGAACUCUGAACCUUCUCUUCUUCCCUCAUCUCCUUGCUUCUACAGACGACACAACGAAGAUAAAUCCGCCGCAUUCUCAUUGUGAAAAUCAUCCUUACCGUCCUACAAUUCAAUCGGUGCAUCCCAAACACUCACACACCAUGUCAGCUCCUGCAGAAGCCCCUCCGUCCUAUGCGGUGGCUACUGGCUCCUCAACCGCAUCAUCGAAACCUCAAGCAUCAUCACGCCUACAAGUGCCAUCAGAGAAGAAUGGCAUCCCGCCGCAUGAUCGACGAUCAAUGGAGGAUCUUCAACGACCUUUGCCUGAAGGUUGGGUGCGCUCAUACGAUUCCCACGCGAACCACCAAUUCUUCGUCAACACCAAAGAAGAUCCACCAAAGUCAUAUUGGGAGCAUCCCUUAGACAACCGGGACGUUCUCAAAAGCCUCAGUACUGAAGAGCGCGAGAGACUGCAAGAUGAAGAAAACAGGAUCAGGGAACACGCGGCUCACACACCCGAACACUCCGAUGACGAACACCACGCCUAUCCAGCAGACCUUCCCGAAAGACCCCAGGCAUCUCGCAAUCCAUCCAAGAAGACUUUCGGUGAAAAGCUCAAAGACAAAGUCACCGGCAGCACUCACGAAGAACGUGUGAAGCAACGUGCACAGCGAGAAAAGGAAGAACGAGAGUACUACGAAGCACACAUGCGACUUCGACAAGCCAUGCAGAAAGCCGAAAUGACAGGUCAACCACAGUUCUUUGCCAAGGACAAAGAUGGCAAGGAUAUCUACAUCGAACCUCCGAGUGGAAUGGGUUCCGGAUACAAUGGCUAUGGUGCUCAAGGUUACGGCAUCAAUCCUUACUCCAGCGGGCCCUACGGUCCCGGGUCAUACAGCCAAGGUAACGCCAGAUAUAUCAGACCUGGCUAUCAAUACGGGCGUCCUUACGGCGCGUAUGGUGGGGGUGGGCUUGGACUUCCGAUUGCAGGUGGUUUGAUGGGUGGUAUGCUUCUUGGAGGCUUGAUGUUCUAAGCGCGAGAGCACAUGAUGACGCAACGAUGGUUUAUGGAGUAGCAUGAUUUCAUACUCUUCACCUUGAUAUCGAUAUCCUGGCUCGGUGUUGUGGUGUGUAUUCGCAGGUAGCAUCUUAUCAUUAGUGGUCCAAUGUGACCG